UUCUCAAGACCAUGUCCCAAAGGAAUGAGAAGAGUUGGGGAUCAGCUCAGGGCAGAGGACCUAGUGGCGCUCUGGAUGCGUGUGCCCUGUGUGUCUCCCUCUCCUGCACUCGGGACAGGGAUGUCCCCUGGCUUGUUUGUUGGUGCUGUUUGUGCAAAGCCCGGGGUGGAACCUGGGGUCCCUCCACCUUUCAGGUUUGGAGGUGGGCACCGCACCCCCAACCACCCCCUUGCUGACCCCGCCUCUCCACACAGGACAGCCCAGGACCUGUCUGAGGCCAUUAAGGAGGCCACCAAGGAGGUCCACACCCAGGCGGAGAACACUGAGUUCAUGCGGAACUUUCAGAAGGGCCAAGUGACCGGAGAGGGCUUCAAGCUGGUGAUGGCCUCGCUGUACCACGUCUACAUGGCGCUGGAGGAGGAGAUCGAGCGCGUCAGGGACAGCCCAGUCUUCGCACCCGUCUACUUCCCUGAGGAGCUGCACCGGCGCACGGCACUGGAGCAGGACAUGGCCUUCUGGUACGGGCCGCGUUGGCGCCACGCCAUCUCCUGCUCAGCAGCCACCACUCGCUACGUGCAGCGGAUCCAGGAGGUGGGGCGCAGGGAGCCCGAGCUGCUGGUGGCCCACACCUACACCCGCUACUUGGGCGACCUGUCAGGUGGCCAGGUCCUCAAGAAGAUCGCGCAGAAGGCCCUGGGGCUGCCCAGCUCCGGCGAAGGCCUGGCUUUCUUCACCUUCCCUGGCAUCCCCAACGCCACCAAGUUCAAGCAGCUGUACCGCGCCCGCAUGAACUCCCUGGAGAUGACGCCCGAGGUGCGGCGCAGGGUGCUGGAUGAGGCCAAGGCUGCCUUCCUGCUCAACAUCCAGCUGUUCGAGGAGCUGCAGGGGCUGCUGACCCCCGAGCCCCAGGACCAGAGUGCUCCCCAGACACUAGGGCUCCACCACUGGGCCAGUGGUCAGGAGCAAGACUCCAGCCCAGCUGAGGCGCUCCAAAGCCAGGCCCAGCUCCCCAGCCACUCACCAGUGCCACUGCUGCCAUGGGUGCUGACUCUCCUCACCUUCCUGGUGGCCACAGUGGCCGUGGGCCUCUAUGCCUUGUGAACAGUGGGCUGGACGCUAAGCAGGGUCCUGCAGGUCCUGGCUCAGCACAGGGACUCUCAGGCCCUGCCCUCCUUGAACUGAAGGAUGUGGCCUGUCCCUGCUGGAGCGCAUCCAGCGGCCCUGGAUGUCCUGACUCAGCGCCUGUUCCUGCAGCAGAGCCGCAGGUGUGGCCAGUGGGCCACAUCCUGAGACUCCAUUUGCCGUGACUGAAUCCCCGCGGGCACAGACGUUUUUGUAUCUGUUGUCUUGUGUUUCCAUCUUAUUCCUGAGAGCUGCUUCUCACUCCCAGUUCAUCCUGAACCCAGAACUGUGUUGUGUUCCUUGUUUUGAUAACAAGGUUGGGGUCUUUGCAGGUGGGGCGGGGGUUCCUUACACUGUGGCCUUGGUCUCACUUCCAUGUGGAGCAAUAAAGGGCAUCAUUUGAUGGCA